AUGGAGGCAGCGGGCUGCAGCUACCAGUUCCGGAUCGCUCUGCUGGGGGACGCCGCGGUGGGCAAGACGUCACUGCUGCGGCGCUACGUGGCGGGCGCUCGGGGUGCCGUGGAGCCGGAGCCGGAGCCCACUGUGGGCGUGGAGUUCUACAGUCGCGCGCUGCAGCUGCCCGCCGGGCUGCGGGUCAAGCUGCAGCUCUGGGACACCGCGGGUCACGAGCGCUUCAGGUCCAUCACCCGAUCCUUCUACCGGAACAUGGUGGGCGUUCUUUUAGUUUUUGAUGUGACCAACAGAGAGUCCUUUGAACACAUCCAAGCCUGGCACCAGGAGGUCUUAUCCUCUCAGGGCCCUGACAAGGUGAUCUUCUUACUGAUUGGCCACAAGUGUGACCUGAGCACCCGAAGUGUCUCCACCCAGGAGGCAGAGGAACUGGCUGCCUCGCUGGGCAUGGCCUUCAUGGAGACCUCGGCCAAAAGUAACUGCAAUGUGGACCUGGCAUUUGACACUGUCGCCCGCGCCAUCGAACAGGCCCUGCAGCAGGGGGACAUCAAGCUGGAAGAUAACUGGGCAGGUGUCCGGCUCCUCCACAGAGCCCCAAACCGCAGAUCCCCCAGCAGAAAGCAGGACUCAGGCCCAUGCCAGUGUUGACUCUGGGAGAGAAAG